AUACCUCUUGUUCUCAAGGCAUCCACAUGAAUUGCUGCCCUGUGGCUAGAGCGUGAUUAACGGUUCGACAGAUCUCGGUCUGGCGGCUGUGGAGGAUCGUUCUUGGCAGGCUUCCAACCUGCUGGGAUGGCCACAAGGCGGUCUGACAGACUUCACACUUCUUUUUUGCUCCUCGAGAUGGGAAAGACUUGGAUAUAUUUGGUUUCUAAGAAAAUUUGAGGUUAAUUCUUAAAGAUGUUUUCUCUGCAUUUUUUGUGUUCCUUUGAAUGGGGUUUGAAUUUCUGCUGCUACGGCAUGUUGUUGGUGUGAAGAGAUGUGGCAUAGGAGAUUUUACUUAGAUGGAUGGUUAUUUGGUUUUUGCUCCUAAAGUGUUUGAUGAAACGUCUCCAAAACAAAUUCUGAGUUGCUUUUGUUCUUCUAGUAAUAGAUCAAAAUAGUAGGAACCAUUCACAUCCAACAACGUUACAACAGCCAUAUCCAUAUCUGUGUAUGAAUUCCCUGCAACUCCAUCUUUUUUCUCACUCCCUCAAUUCCUGCAAAUCCAUAUCUCACCUCAAGCAAAUCCAUGGCGUCGCCAUUAAAACACCCUCUCUCUCUCUCCCCAAUCUCAUUCCCAAGCUCAUCUUUCUCUCCUCCUCCUCCUCCUCCUCCUCCCCUGACCUUUUCUACAUUCGCUCCAUCCUUCUUACUCACUCCCAUGAUGCUCAAUUCUGUCUCAGUCUCUGCAACGCUAUCAUCCGCAGCAUUUCUCGCAACUCCAUCAAUCUCUCGCCCAUGGAGUUCUUGAACGAAAUGCUUGUCGUCGGCCUCGAACCAGAUGGAUUCACAAUACCUCUUGUUCUCAAGGCAUUGGCUCUGAUUCAAGGGAUUAGAGAAGGCCAACAGAUUCACGCUCGUUCAAUCAAGACUGGAAUGGUGGGGUUCAAUGUUUAUGUGAGUAAUACACUGAUGAGACUUUAUUCCGUCUGUGGCUCUAUCCACGAUGUCCAGAAGGUGUUCGACGAAUGUCCUCACCGCGACUUGGUGUCUUGGACUACACUCAUUCAAGCGUUUACGAAGGCCGGGCUAUACAGCAGAGCAGUAGAAGCUUUUAUGGAAAUGUGUGAUUUGAGGCUAAGAGCUGAUGGGCGGACUCUCGUGGUUGUCCUCUCUGCUUGCUCCAACUUGGGAGACCUGAAUUUGGGUCAAAAGGUACAUUCCUAUAUCCGCCAUUACAUUGACAUGAAAGCAGAUGUAUUUGUUGGUAAUGCUCUGUUAGAUAUGUACCUGAAAUGUGAUGAUUUGAACUCUGCUUACAAAGUGUUCGACGAAAUGCCUGUGAAAAACGUUGUUACAUGGAAUGCUAUGAUUUCGGGAUUGGCUUACCAAGGUCGGUACAGGGAAGCUCUAGAUACGUUCCGUAUGAUGCAAGACAAAGGGGUCAAGCCAGAUGAAGUGACCUUAGUGGGGGUUUUGAAUUCUUGUGCAAACCUUGGAGUCCUUGAAAUAGAUGAAGCUUUUAGGGUGUUCGAGAGCAUGAAAAGAAGGGAUGUUUAUUCAUACACUGCCAUGAUAUUUGGUUUAGCCUUGCAUGGUGAAGCAAACUGGGCAUUCCAGGUCUUCUCCGAGAUGUUUCGAGUUGGUAUCGAGCCAAACGAAGUAACAUUUUUAGGUCUUCUUAUGGCUUGUAGCCAUGGCGGAUUGGUUGCUGAAGGGAAGAAGUACUUUUUUCAGAUGUCAGAUAAAUAUAAGCUUAGACCUCAAGCAGAACAUUACGGUUGCAUGAUUGACCUUCUUGGUCGUGCAGGGUUAGUGAAGGAAGCAGAAGAGAUUAUUCACAAAAUGGAAAUCAGGCCCGAUGUCUUCGCUUGUGGAGCGUUAUUAGGGGCAUGCAGGAUUCAUGGAAAUGUCGAUAUUGGUGAAAGUGUGAUGCAAAAGUUGACGGAGUUAGAUCCGGAUGAAGAAGGUACGUACAUUCUUAUGACGAAUUUAUAUUCUUCUGUUCAUAGAUGGAAAGAUGCAUUGAAAAUAAGAAAGACAAUGAAAAAUAAGAAGAUGAGAAAGACCCCUGGAUGUAGUUUGAUUGAAGUUGAUGGUGUCGUUCAUGAAUUUCGAAAAGGAGACAAAUCACAUCCAAGGAGCAAAGUUAUAUACUUAGUAUUGGAAGGAAUUGCUACUCAUUUAAAGAGCUAUGGGAUAGAGGAACAUAGUACAUUUUGUAUAUAAGUUUUCCUUUCCCUACCAACUAAAAUAAAAAAGCUUACAACUUAAACUUAUCAGGGCAAAACUUAAACUAAUCAAAGUAGCUUUGUUUGCA